AUGGCUACCAAAAUCGUGUCAACCUCUUCUCGCCUCUUACCGAUCUCCCGCGCAACGUUCGCCUCUUCAUCACGUUCACCUCGUCCCAUCGUGAGGGCAAUAUUAACUGUGUUACCUCAUCCUCCAUCGUCUCGAUCUCAACCCCGCCACCUACCUUCCAGAAGGUACGCAUCAGCAGCAGCAGUAGCCACUCCAUCACCUUCUGCUGAUGUCCAUCCUAUACCUUCUCGACCGAGUAUCAAGGUGAUCCCGCCAUCGCUUGAGGAGAUAAAGGAAGAAGGGUAUUUGGACGAUGAUGUACAGCUGUUACCUGCGGAGGAAGCGUAUCUCAAUAUAACUCCGGAUGCUUUACAGCAACUUGUCAAUAUAACAUCUCGAGAACCUCCCGAAUUGAUAGAACAGGAUAAAUUAGCCUUGAGGGUGGGAGUAGAAAGUGGUGGAUGUCAUGGGUAUCAGUAUACGAUGGCGUUGACAGAAGAGAGAGGUGUGGAUGACUAUGUCCUGCAACCUGAAGGCGUACACAGUAUACCAGUGGUAGUAGAUCUCGUCUCCUUUGGUUUGCUCAAAGGCGCAACAAUACAUUUCGCAACCGAGUUGAUCGGCUCUUCGUUCCGUAUACAGGAUAACCCUCAGGCCAAGCAGGGUGGUGCGUGCGGAUGUGGAGUGAGCUGGGAGGCGGCGUGA